AUGAAUUUACUAGACGAAGACUCCUUAGAAGAUAUGGUAGCCGAUAUCAAGACCGAUACGCAAUGCUUGAUAGAUCUCGACUCAAUGUACGAAUACCCUGUCAACGACCUGGAGAGUCAGCCUGCCAACCGGUGCGAGGCAACGUCGACUUCUCUAAAGUGGCGCCAAAAGUUUGCCGAUAUUGUAUAUCAGUUGUUUCCAUUGGCUGGUCAGGACCUCAUACAGCAGCUUGGAUGGUUUUUGAAUGGUCGUUCAGACAUGCGACAGCACGAAUAUAAUCCCUCCAGCAAGAUAGCACUACAGAGUUUAAUCGAGGAAGAUAUCUACGAUACUCUGAUUUUAUACUUCAAUGUAUGGAAAUUACAGAAUGCCAUUGAUUCUAGCUGUCCUCUUUGCUGCGAGAGCGUUGGAAAUACCGACUUCUUCGAGACGCAUCUGCCGCAGCAUGCAGAGGAAAUAUAUCUUCAAGCAUAUCAUCCGAGGGUUGAUAAGACCAAUGGAAAGACUUACACUCAUCUGAAUCUGAUGGAGAGAAAGCCAACAAAGCCAUUGUCUAAAGACUUGAAUCAAACCAUCAAGGACAACAAGACAUCUACCUUUACGAAGCACGACCUAGUGCUACACGAUAGUACACGUAAGGAGUCGGACGAUGACCAUGGAUUGAUGAGCACUUCGGAUUUAAAUUUGCCUAUCAAAAAGGCUUUUGCUAUUUCCAAACCCUCCACAAACACAAAAUCUCGACCGCGAAACUUUUGUCAUCUUUGCAGUGACCACCCCGAGGGAUUUUACGGGGAGCAUGAGUUGCGCCGCCACAUUGCACGUGCCCAUUCAAGAACUCGGAAGGUCUGGGUGUGUGUGGACAUUUCUCCAGACCAAAGCUUUCUUGCCAAUUGCAAAUCUUGUAGAAAUGGGAAGAAGUAUGGCGCAUUCUACAAUGCAGCCGCACAUUUGCGUCGAGUGCAUUUCAAUAAACUGCAAAGUUACCGUUCUGGUCGACGCAAGUCUAGAGUUUAUAGUCACCGCGGUCGCAUGGGUGGCAGCAAAUUUCUUCCUAUGGACAUGGUGAAAUAUUGGAUGCAGGAAAGGGAAGAAGUCAUAAUUGGUGAUACGGAGACAGGGCAUGCCGAGACGAAAACCCCUUCCAGAAAGACUUUAUCUAAAUACUUACCGUCAAUUAACGAGGGAUCCAUAAUUGGUGAUACGGAGACAGGGCAUGCCGAGACGAAAACCCCUUCCAGAAAGACUUUAUAUAAAUACUUACCGUCAAUUAACGAGGGAUCUGGUGGGCCUCUUAGGCGCAAGGAAUGGGUGAGGAAGUACCUGGGAAGUGUCGUGUAG